AUGUCCGGCGGCCGAAUCCUCCCAGGCACACAAGGCUUCCCUUCUCUUUUCGACACCUCAACUUCACGCCCACACACAGAGACACAGAGACACACAGACACACAGACACACACCGCAACUUCCUCUCCACCUCCCCUUUGCGAGCAUGACGAUCAACGUCUGGCCAAAUGGUUCACCACCCUCGCCCCCAAAGACAAGGCCAAAAUCGUCAAAGAUGUCUCCCAGCUCGUUCUCGCGCGCCGCACGCGCAUGUGCAAUUUCCUCGAAUAUAAAGAUACCAAGAUCGUCUACCGCCGGUACGCCUCGCUCUUCUUCAUUGCCGGCUGCGACUCGACCGACAAUGAGCUCAUCACGCUCGAGAUAGUCCAUCGCUAUGUCGAGCAGAUGGACAAGUACUACGGCAACGUGUGCGAGCUCGACAUCAUCUUCAACUUCCAAAAGGCCUACUUCAUCCUCGACGAGCUCCUUCUGGCCGGCGAAAUGCAGGAGAGCAGCAAGAAGAACGUGCUGCGAUGUAUAGGACAGCAGGACAGCCUCGAGGAUAUGGAGGCCGAGGACGACAUCAUCACUAAGAUCAUGUGA